GCACUUUUUUCCUUUUAUAGGAAGGUGUGUGUAUCCAUGCGUGCCCGCUCUUUCUUGGGAAAUGUCCGGUGUUUCCAGUUACGCUCUACGAAUGGCCCGUCUGAGUGCUCGGAUAUUUGGAGAAGUGGCCAGGCCAACUGACACAAAAUCUAUGAAAGUAGUGAAGUUAUUCAGCGAGCAGCCUUUGGCCAAGCGGAAGGAGGUCUACAGCUGGUAUCCUCCUCACAACACCUACUAUGCGCUCAUGAAGAAACUCCGCUACUUUGGUCUUUACAGAGAUGAGCAUCAAGACUUUAAAGAGGAGAUGAGACGGUUGAAAAAGCUCCGUGGGAAGGAAAGACCUAAAAAAGGGGAAGGAAAGAGAGCUCUCAAGAAGAAAUAACAUCACUUUGUCAAUGUAAUGAACUGCUUUGGAGAUGCUGAGGAACAGCUCUAACUCAGGCUUUCUGUUCCCAGCUAGAGAGGGCUUGGCAUGCGAGCUGCAUAUGGGGGCUGGAGAAACACGCUGUAAAAUGCUGGAAUCUACCUUGGGAGUGUACUUGGAUCCAUGUCAUUUUAUUGUUUUGUGAGUUUCUGUAGUUCAAAUAUUCUGUAUAUUGCAGAACAUUGAUUUGCCAUGAGAGCCCUCUCUUACCUAAGUAGUAACAACAAUAGCAAAAAAUAAAAGUGCUCAGUUUUUUUCUUGUGUACGCCCCAUCUCAUUUUUGUUGAUCUUCAUUUUUGCCAAAAUGGACUUUCUUUUUCAUUUCCUCUUUACUUUCUUGCAUUAGUAUCAAUAUUGCUUUGUGUGUGGCCACAAAAAAAAAAAAAGGUUAUACUGAGUUUAACUCCAGAUAGCCUUAGUGUUCCUAAUUUUUUUUAAGUUGCUGUUAGAAUCAAUUAUUUGCUUUUGCACUGGACAGCACUUUCUGAUGCAUUCCCUGCCCUGAGCACUCUUAUUGUACCCCGAAUAAUUAGGUAUUGCAAUGGAAGAGGCUGAAAUACAGGCUGAAGCUGUUUUCCAUUUUGGGAACCUCUGCUAAUUAAAAUACAAUAAUUAAGUAUACUGUAAUAAAAGGAUUUUAAAUGUAAUUUCAUUGCCCAUAGGACGGGUAUGAAGUAUUUCAUAAGGUGAUGAACGGGGUAUUACUUGUAUUUAAUGUUUGGUUUUAUAGCUAGGCUCCUCCAGUGUCACUAGGAUUAAUGAUUACAUAAAUGUACUGUUCAUGCUUGUCAGUCCCUGUCAAGGAACAGAAGCACAGAAUGCAACUAUGCUGCUGUGUUUGGCCGCGUGCGCACCUUGCUUGUAUGUGCUCUGAAACUGUUCAUCUCUUAAUUUCCAGACCCUCUAAACUUGAAGAAUAGCCUUAUGGUGGUAAAGGGGAGCUAUUCAAAAUGGCAGAAGGGCUGGAGCAGAAAGUGUUGGCACAGUUAGCUUGGAGUAGGCUUGAUGUCACAUACGUAGGCAUCCUGAAAUAGGUACCAAUACUAAACUUCCACUGAUACUUCUAAACCAAGCUUGUUCAAAUAUAGGUGUAUUUGAAGGGUUCUAUACGGUCACUGAAAUCAAUGGAUCUUCAUAAAAUCGUAACAAGUCAAAUACUUUGUUUCACCUAGAUUAUUCACUCAAGAGGUGCUGUGUUAAUGGUGGUUUUGGUGAGCUGUGUAGUUCUUGCCCAGUACCCUUUACUGAGUGAUUAUUGAUACCUCAUUUUCUAAGCUCUAAGAGAGAUGGAUUUAGAGGUUCUGCAGUGUUGAUGUUGUGGGGAGUGGCCGAGUUCUUGCCACAACCAACAAAAUGCUGUAGGAGAUGUUAAAAUAUAUGACUGCAUUAUGCCUGUAAUGGUAAAUUUCUCAUUCUAAUUUAAAAUGCUUUUAGAAACUUGAUGCUGUGGCUCAACACCACUGUAAUGCGCCUGUGGUGUUCUAAUGUUGUAGGCAUGACGUGCUGUGAAGUGUACAGAGCACGUGAUGGGGUUCCUGGGACAUGGUGCAGUGGAUGGAAAGCGGCCCAGUUGCCUUUAAUUCUUGUUCAGGAAAGUGAGAAUGGCGUGGAGCAGGGUCCUAGGUAGGAGAGGGUAUUUCCUAAAGAGGAAGGAUGCUGCUGCCUGACAUUUUGUUUCUCACUGUGUCUGUGAGUGGGUGGAGUUGUUCUAUAAUUUUGUUUGGUGGAGAGUAAGACCAAUUCUGAAACUCUACAGUAGAAGCACUGUGGCAGUUGUCCUGGACAGCUGGUGCCUGUACUUACAAUGGCUUUGUCAGCCAGUACUUGAUGUCUUCUAAAAUUAAACCAGAGAUCAAUAAAAGCAUUUUCACUGCAAUUUAAAGAGGAAAAAUCAGAAGCAUCUUUCCUGUUCCUGUGAAACACUUCAAGCCUUAACAUUACAAACAUGCAAGAGAGAGAAAGUGUGCAUGUAUCAAAAAGUGAAUUAUGGCCCUGUUUCAGUAAAGUAGAUAUGUAUGAGCUUAAGCUUUGGCAUGUGGCUAGACCUCUCUAUAUGUAUAUUUAUAACAAUAUAUGAAACACUUACACUAUAUGACUGGCCAUGGAUAUGCUUCUGAAUCCACGUUUAGCCUACUGCAGAAGGACUGAGCAUCUGCAGUACUACCUUAUUAGGCACAGAUAUGGACCCAGCAGUGUAAUAUUAGAUACACAGGCUUGAGGAUCUGACCUGAUCUAUUCUUCCUUAUUUGUUCCAAGAUACCUGGCUAUUUAUGGAUUUUGAGAAGUUCCUGUCAUGAACAGGAAAGUGAAAGGCUUGAUUGGCUUCAUCUGUAAUGAACCCCUUUGUCUACACCCUGAAAGAGCAAACCUGCUCUAGAAUCUAAGUGUUACCCUGGGAACAUACUUUGGAAAGAUAUUUACAGCAGUAUAUCCAAAAGUACUGAGGAAAAGAGGAGAGAAAUUGAUGGAAGUGCCUGAGAAGUAAGUGGCUGUGAAACAAACUUUCAUCCUUUCUCUGCAGGAUUUACAAAAGCCAAGUAGAUGGGGUGAAGUAAUUUUAAAGAAAAAUGAUGACUUUUAAUAAGGCAGUAUUGGUACAAGAAAUAUUCCCCCACCUAACUUUCCAUGAUCUUUUCUCUGUAGUACUCACUUUCCAGAAUUACAUCAGUUCAGAAGGGACUUUUUCCCUUCCCUUGAGAUGUCACCCUCAAAUAAUGAAGAUGCAGCCGUUUUUUGAGUUUAUCCUAGUGUUAGAAUAACCCAUUGUUUGCUGGGAGUGCUUAGCGUAACUCUUUUGUUCUAGAAAAUACAGCUUUCUCCACUCCAAAACAGGGAUAGAGAGGAAAAUGGGACAUUCCUACCUAGCUUCUUUCCCACUCUUUCUCUGAGGUAUGAGCUGACUGUCCUUGGAGUAUGUUUAGAUAGAUGCUUCCAUUCCUGAUGAAGAGACAAGAUGCUAACUUCUUCUGAAUCCUGAGCAGGUUCAUUAACAUAAGUUAGCUGGUGGUGCAAGAUGCCACCGCUGCUCUCUGUUAAAGGGGAGCAACAGCAGACAAAGAAGAUGCACCUUGAAAUCUAUUUAAACAUAACAGAGAAGCAUACAUUACACGGUGUAUCCCAUGUGCCAGCCUAGAUCUCCAGCAGUGUUAUAUUUUGACAGGAAGAGCAGUCUUGAAUUUAGGUGGGAACUGGCAUUAGGAAAUAAGGUCCCCAAAUUCUUCUGACGUGUACUUAUGUUUGUAUCAUUCAGGGAGAUGCUGAAGGCAUUUUGACCGUAACGGUUGGCUUUGUUCUUCCGUAUUUUAUAGUGCUCUAAUUAUGUCCAUUUUUAAUUGUCUUCUAAUAUAAUGUAAUUGUAGCUGUUGACUGCUAUUUUGAUAAACACAACUUAUUUUGUACACAGGCUGGCUGAUCUAGGUGCUAUGUAUCCUAUAAGGAGUGUAUCUAUUGCUAGGACCUCUUAUUACUGAAAGUCCUGCUGACUGACAGAAAUUCUUGUAAUGAAUACAUAUAAUGGAGGAAGAAAAGAAUUAGCAGUGUUGCUUUCUGGUAAAUAUACUAGUGUAUUAAGAUAUAGAUACAUGUGCUGUACUGAGGAAAGUAGUAACUUGAAAAAAGUUUCUCUUAACGUGGAGAAAGUUUAUUCUGUUUUACUUACUAGGGCAGUGCACUGAGUUUACAGAGGUCUGUGAAAUGCACCUGACUGUUACUGAGUUGGUCUAUGAUUUUGGAUAAAUAUUUUGUCUUGCUUGCCUGUGCUUCCCCAAGAGUAAAAUUAGAAUAAUGAUCACUUAUGAGUAUGUCAUGAGGGUAAGCUGCUUUUAGGAUGGGAAUUUACCCUAGGAGAACCUUGUGUAAAAGAGCAGCUUAGUUUGGCUAUAGUAGGACUUAUUCCACUGUGUAUUUUGGAGCUUUAUUUCAAAUGCUGAACAGACCUGGGUUUGAGUGGAAACUAAAAAAUAAAUGGAUCAGCAGAUA